AUGCUUGACCCUCAGACCCCCAGAGAUGGAAAGCCAUGUGGUGAACAGGACUAUGUCAAGACCUUUCAUGUGGUGCGCAGUGGACUGCUGGGUACUUCCCGUGCUCCUCGGGCUUCGGGCACCUGCAUGUCCUGGGGGGGAGCUCAUUAUCGCACUUUCGACGGGAAGCACUUUCACUUCCAGGGCAGCUGCACUUACCUACUGGCCUCAUCAACCGAUGGGACCUGGGCUGUCUACAUCAGCACAGUCUGUGACAGAACAGGGGAGUGCAGCAAGGUGCUGAAGAUGAUGCUGGGGAUAAGCGUUCAUUGGUUAGGGGACUUUGUUUUUGUGGAGAGUGGCCUGGGUGUGAGGCUGAAGUUUGAUCUGAUCAACACAGUAUACCUUACAGUGACAGCUGAACACCUGGCCGCCACCCGAGGUCUCUGCGGAGUUUACAACAACAACCCUGAGGGUGAGACCCCCACCUCCACAUAUGAGGACUGCAGUGAUGCUGCUGAGCUGGGCCACAGCUGUGAUAUAGUAGAAGACCUCACUUUGCGCAGACAAGCAGAGUCAGUGUGUCACCAGCUGCUGGAGAAUCCUUUCACACACUGCCACUUCCGGGUGGACCCAGCAGCCUACAUAGACACCUGUCUCUAUCUCUACUGCAGCCUGCCUACCAGAGAGAGGGACGGCGGGGCGUGUGAUACCCUGGCCACUUAUGCACGGGAAUGUGCCCAACAACACAUCAUCAUAAUGUGGAGGACACCAAGUCUUUGUGGUCGGGUCUGUCCCAGAGGACAGGUGUUUUCAGACUGCGUGUCCUCUUGUCCACCCAGCUGUGCCUCACCGCAUCCCCCAGGACCUGCUGCAACCAUGGCCCAGUGCAGGGAGGAGUGCGUGGGGGGCUGCGAAUGUCCACCAGGUCUCUUUCUUCACCAGGGCACCUGUCUAAAAGCAGAAGACUGUCCUUGUUUCCACCGAAGACUCACCUAUCAGCCAGGGGACAGCAUACAACAGCGAUGUAACACUUGUGUGUGCAGAUCAGGUCAGUGGCAGUGCACAGGUGAAAGGUGUGCAGGGCAGUGCACUCUGGUUGGAGCCUUGCAGGUGACCACUUUUGACAAAAAGAAAUAUUCUCUGCAAGGAGGAGACUGUGCCUUCAUCGCAGUGAAGGACUUUGUAGACAGGAAGCUGGUGGUGACCAUGCGCUGUGGGGAGUGUUCAACAGGUGGACCCCAACAGGGAUGUCUGAAGGAGGUAUCGAUUACUGCUUUGAGUACUACAGUCACCAUCACAGACACUGGCACAGUGACUGUGAAUGGCGUGAGACAGACACUGCCCGUGGUGUCAAGUGACCUGGCUGUCCACAGAGCCUCUUCUUCAUUCAUCCUUGUCCAGACCUUUGGAGCUCUGGUACUUUGGCACCUAGAUGGACCCUUUGCUCUCAUCCAUUUGCAGCCUGGCUUAGCCCACAAGGUUCAUGGUCUGUGUGGUACACUGACAUGGAGCCAGCAUGAUGACUUCACUACACCAGAAGGAGAUGUGGAGAUGAGUGUUUCUGCAUUUGCAGAGAAAUUCAUCAGUCAACCCUGUACUCUGCCAAAAGCAGCUCCUUCUGACCCAUGCUCCACCUACACCCAGAGAAUAUCCUAUGCAGAAAGAGUGUGCUCUGUGAUACACAACCCCGUCUUCCAGAAGUGUCACGAUGUGGUUGAGAAGGAGCCAUAUUUUCGUCUGUGUCUGUCAGAAGUGUGUGCCUGUGCUCUGCAGAGGUCCUGUCACUGCACUGUACUCACUGCCUACGCCCAGCACUGCGCCCAAGAGGGGGUUCAAGUCCACUGGCGUAACCAAACUUUCUGCCGUAACUAUUUCUUCCACAUUCAGGAAUUUCUUCUGCCUAAAAUCGUCGUCCCACCCCCAUGUCCGUUUCUACUUUCUGUCUCCGCAGCGGUCCAGUGCUCUGGAGGUCAGGUGUUUCGGGAGUGCGGUCGCACCUGCGGUUUCUCCUGUUUUGACUGGCAACACGGCUGGCUUUGCAAUGACAGCAGUGGAGAAAUAGGUCAAAGAGUUUGCGUUCCUGGUUGCCAGUGUCCAACGGGACUUGUGCAGGACCAUUUGGGGCAGUGUGUGCCUGUUUCUUUGUGUCCUUGUGUGCAAGACGACAAAAUCUAUUCACCUGGGACAAUACUUCAAAACAACUGUAACACCUGCGUGUGUAAGCACGGAGCCUUUAACUGUACUCAAGAGCACUGCAAGAGUGUGCAGCAGUGUCCAGGCUCUUUGGUCUACUCCCCACGUUCCUGCAUGCUCACCUGUUCCAGUCUGGACCAUCAGGGACAACAGCAGAGCUCCAGUGUCACCAAACCAAGCUGCAGAGAGCCAUUGUCUGGCUGCGUCUGUCCUCAGGGAACUUUCUUCCAUGGUGAUCGUUGUGUUCUGCCAGAUGAGUGUCCAUGCCACCAUAAUGGUCAAGUCUAUUACACCAAUGAGACCAUAACCAAAGACUGCAACACUUGUGUGUGCCAGAAGCGCCGCUGGCACUGCACCCGUUUGGUGUGUGAUGGGGUUUGUGUUGCAACUGGUGAUCCCCAUUACGUGACCUUCGAUGGACGCCGGUAUUCCUUCUUGGGUGAUUGCCAAUAUGUGCUGGCAACAGAAACCAGUGGUUUGUUCAGCAUCACAGCAGAGAAUGUUCCUUGUGGGAGCACUGGGGUCACCUGCACAAAGUCAGUUACCUUCAGUCUGGGAAGCACCAUCAUACAUCUGCUGAGAGGUAAAGCUGUGACAGUGAACGGAAUGCCAGUGACACUACCCAAGUCCUAUAGUGGCAGCGGUCUCACUUUGGAGAAAGUUGGCCUUUUUGUUUCCCUCUCUUCACGACUGGGUGUCACUUUGAUGUGGGAUGGAGGUAUGCGUGUAUAUGUGCAUUUGGCUGCCCACCUGCGGGGCCAGGUUGGGGGUCUCUGCGGUAAUUUUGAUGAGGACACAGAAAACGACUUCACAACCCAUCAGGGAAGUGUUGAGUCUACGGCGGAAGUUUUUGGAAAUUCUUGGAAGGUCAGCCCCUCCUGUCCUGAUGUGGAGAACCAGGACCUCCAAGAUCCUUGUGCUCUAAAUCCCCACAGAGUCACUUGGGCCAAAAAAAGGUGUGCUGUUCUGACGCAGGACCUGUUCUCAGUGUGUCACACUGAGGUUCCCUUUCAGCACUACUAUGAUUGGUGUGUCUUUGAUACUUGUGGCUGUGACUCAGGUGGAGAUUGUGAAUGUCUCUGCACAGCAAUUGCUUCAUACGCAGAAGAAUGCAACCGAAGAGGAGUCUAUGUCCGCUGGAGAUCUCAGGAGCUUUGUCGUAUGUUCUUCACGCACAAACCUUUGCAGUGUGAGAAGGGAAUGAUCUAUGAGCCUUGUGGUCCAGCUUGCUCUCAGUCAUGCCCCAGUGUUCAGCAGCAUUCAUACUCGCGCUGUGAGUGCUUUACCUUUUCCUCCACAGGUGAUGGCUGUAUUUUGCCCUUAGAUUGUCCUUGUGAGUGGGAAGGCUCCAUGUUUCCACCAGGAACCUCCAUCACUCAGCGCUGCCAGAACUGUUCCUGUGUAGAGGGCUUGUGGCAAUGUGAGGGGGUGGCCUGCCCUGCUUCCUCACCUCCCUGUUUAGAGGCAGAGUUUGCCUGUGCCACCGGACGAUGUAUUCCCUCUCAAUGGCUCUGUGACAACGAGGAUGACUGUGGCGAUGGCUCUGAUGAGAUCUGUCCGUCCACCUGCUCUGUGGAGCAAUUCCGCUGUGACAGCACUCCAAGGAGUGGACCAUGUCUCAACCUGGCUCUGCGUUGUGAUGGAAACCCAGACUGUGCCGACCGAUCAGAUGAGGACUUCUGUGGACCCAGCCUGCCUAUGCCUCUUUGUCCGGCUGGGGAGUUCCAGUGUGCAAAUGGAAAGUGUCUGGCAUCCAGCCAUGUGUGUGAUGGACGGCCUGACUGUGGCUUUGCUGAUGGAUCCGAUGAACAAGACUGUGGCGUGGUCUGCAAUGACGGCGAGUUUCUUUGUCCUGGACGGCGCUGCAUCCUCUACCUCCACCGCUGCGACGGCCAUGACGACUGUGGAGACUUUAGCGAUGAGCGGGGAUGUAUGUGUGCACCAGGAGAGUUUCAGUGCCCGGUGGGUAACUGUGUCCCGGCACACAGAGUCUGUGAUGGACACAGAGACUGUCCCGCUGGAACAGAUGAAGCUGUUUGUCCACGUAAAGGUACACAAAUCCAAACCACAAGCUUAAUAAAAACUAUUUCUUGUAGGUUUAACGAGUUCAGCUGUGCCUCCAGUGGGCAGUGUGUCCCUCGGGCCUGGCGUUGUGACGGGGAAUCGGACUGCAUGGACGGGAGUGACGAGCAGGACUGUGGCGGUCUGUGUGGGUUUGGCCAUGUGCCCUGCCUCAGUCAGGACCAGUGUGUGCAUUACCUGCAGCUUUGUGAUGGGACUCCUCACUGCAAAGACGGCUCUGACGAAAGCGUCAACAACUGUGGUUCCUCCCAGAUACCUUCGUGUCCCGGCAGCUUCCCAUGUGACGACAACACAUGUGUGAACGUGUCACAGGUCUGCAACGGCGUCCUGGACUGUCCAAAGGGAGAAGACGAGUUGGUUUGUGAUACAACAGUUUUACCAGCCCCGCCUGAAAGAACAAACACCUCCAUCAGCUGCUCUGAAUACACGUGCAUGGAUGGAACAUGUGUUUCUUUUAACUCGGUUUGUAACAGCGUGGAAGACUGUCCGGACGCCUCACUAACGGCACUCGCAGGUUCAACAGAUGAGCAAAGCUGCAGAGCCUGGAGCUCAUGGGGCCCCUGGGGUCCCUGCAGCACCUCAUGUGGGACAGGCUCCAUGAGCAGAGAGAGAUCCUGCCCUCAUGGAGAUCCACUGCGCCACUGUCGAGGCCAAAAGAUCCAGCAUCAGCCGUGCUUCAGGACCACAUGCCCUGUGGAUGGUCAGUGGCUGUCCUGGGUCAGCUGGUCAAACUGCUCCACUCCCUGUGGUGGAGUGCAGGUGAGGCAGAGAAGCUGCACUCCUCCUCGCUAUGGAGGUCAGGACUGCUCCCAGCUCCCUGGACCAUCUAACCUGUCUGUGCAGAUCAAACCGUGUCCUGCUGAUGGAUGUGUUGAGGCCAGGUGUCCCCCUAACCUGGUAAGGCACAGCUGUGGCCCCUGUCCCAUGUCCUGUGCACACAUCAGCAGUGGAACAUCCUGUGAUUCUCCCUGCUUCUCUGGUUGUUGGUGUCCAGAAGGUCAGGCGAUGAACCACAUGCAGCAGUGUGUUUCUCCAGAUGAGUGUAUGUGUGAAGUAGCCGGUGUGUACUAUUGGCCGGGACAACAGAUCAAAACAGACUGUAAGCUCUGUGUCUGUGAGAGAGGAAAGCCUCAGAAAUGUCAGCCCAUCCCAGACUGCACAGUUCACUGCGGCUGGUCAUCCUGGUCGGAGUGGGGGGACUGUUUGGGACCGUGUGGUGUCCAGAGCGUCCAGUGGUCCUUCCGCAGUCCAAAUAAUCCAUCCAAGCAUGGGAAUGGGAGGGCGUGUAGAGGGAUUCACAGAAAGGCCCGUCGGUGUCAGACGGCUCCCUGUAAGGAGUGCAAGUAUCAAGGUCAGACUCACACAGUGGGAGACAGAUGGCGGUCACAGCCGUGUCAGUUGUGUCGCUGUCUUUCCAACCUGAUGGUGGAAUGCACCCUCUACUGUCCGUAUGAUGCCAUUGGAUGCCCCCCGGGUCUUAGUCUGGUACAUGAAGAGGAGAGCAGGUGUUGUUACUGCCAAGGUAAAUCACUUGAUGGACUGACUGACAUUGAGUUAUUAUACAGGUGCUUUUGCUAUCUAGGAGAUAAUGGCACUGCCGUGACGGUGAUCCCUGGCACUGUGACAUCCAAGCCAGCGGAGGGCGCUCCUCCCCUAAUCCCCACAUACCCACUCCCAUCUGGAGAUAAGUGCUGGGUCCCUCUUGGUGUACAGAUUCUUCCCAAUUCCAGUUUCACAGCCUCAUCACAUCAGGCAGGUCACCCCCCCGAGGCUGCUCGCCUUCAUUGGUGGGAUCCCCAUGAGGCUCUCCAGGGAUGGAGUCCUGAGCCAGAGGAGUAUAAAGAGUUACCAGAGCAGGGUCCUGACGGCAGCACCAACAGCCUCUACCUGCAAAUAGACCUGCUGAAACCAUACAACAUCACCGGCGUGUUGACGCAGGGCGGGGGUGCAUUUGGCACAUACAUGUCUGGCUUUUAUCUGCAGUUCAGUCAAGACGGGAGGCGCUGGUUUACCUAUAGAGACAUUGUGUCAGAUGCCAAGUCCAGAGCCAAGGUUUUUCGUGGUAACCGUGAUGAUCAAGGUGUGGCAGAGAACAGACUGGACAGGAUGGUUUUGGCUCAAUUUGUACGCCUGCUGCCCCACGAUUUUCAGAACGGAAUCUUUCUACGACUGGAGAUCAUGGGCUGCGGUGAUGUCUCACUUUGCAGAAGGAUGGAAUUCCAGUGUGGGAAUGGUCGUUGUGUGCAGGCCGGCCCACAGGGAGUGAUCUGUAACGGGGUCGACGACUGUGGGGAUGGAUCUGAUGAAAUGUUUUGUGGAACCCAACCACCAACCAAAACCUCCAGUCCAAGCAGCUGCCCUACCGGUCACUUCUUCUGCCCCCCACCAGGGGGGUGUAUUUAUGCAGAACUGCGCUGUGAUGGAGUUCGUCAUUGUCCCACGGGAGAGGAUGAAGAUGGGUGUGUCCCUCAUGAUGUCACGACACAGUCAGUAAAGUGGUUGUACACGCCCACUCCAUCCCCUCUGAGAACUCCAUCUGUGGCUGGUGUCACAACCGUUCGCAGUCCCUUCUAUCCAGGUGUUUGCUCUUCCUCUCUUGGACUGGAGGAUGGGAGAGUUCGGUAUGGACAGCUGACAUCAUCCUCGCAUCGUGAGAACAACCCGGCAGACGCUGGAAGACUGAAUAUUAUCCCUAACAUUCCAGUCAUGGAGCCUGGUUGGAGCCCUUUACCUACAGAUCCACAACCGUAUUUUCAAGUUGAUCUUCUGGAGCCCAUGUGGAUAUCGGGGGUGGUGACACAGGGCAGUGAACAUAUGCAAGGCUAUCUUAAAAAGUACCGCCUGGCAUUUGCUUUACAUAGCAGCCUAUUCAGUGACUUCACACAGAAUGGAUUGCCUGGAAGUCAUGCAAAGGUGUGCAGAUUGGACACGUACAAAAGAGAAUAUUGGUGUGUAAGCAAACAGAAACAUUUGUGUGUUUUUAUUGCAGCUUCUCUUUGUCAUACUGAACCUAGAAUGUUUUUUUUAUUCAUCUGUAAAUGGUAUACAUUUAUGAUUAAAGUUGUCCCUUACAAACCGUCUUUCAUAAAUACUCUGCAGGUUUUUGAGGUUCGGAUGGUCGGCAGAAUUCCUGUGACCCACUGGCUCGGCCGGCUCGUCAAGGCUCGCUACAUACGCAUAAUACCUGUAGAGUUCCGACAGACUUUUUACCUGCGGGUGGAGGUCCUUGGCUGCAGGGAAGAGGAGCUGCUGACGCCCCCAAGUGUUACCACAUCUCAGCCUGGAAAAGUGCCCGUGCAGAACUGUAGACCCGGACAGUUUUUGUGUCAACACAGUGGAGAGUGUAUUUCCAUGUCUGUGCUCUGUGAUGGUCAACCCAACUGUAAAGACCAGUCAGAUGAGUCGAACUGUGGCAUUACUCCAAGUGAAGGCUUUCCUGGGCUUCACAAUCAGACCGUGUACACUGGAAGGCCAGGUUACCAUGGUGAUACCACGACAGGUUUUCCAGGCUUAGCAACCACUUCUUACUACGGUGGUUUUCCCGGAAUAGCAACAGAUGGAGUCACAGGGCCGACCGGACUUAAGAACAUCACAAUUACAGGCACCACAGCCAGACCAACAGUGACUAGUCAGCGUCCCUUAGCACCCAGCCGCUGCUCCCCUAAGCAGUUUUCCUGCACCAGUGGCGAGUGUAUCCGUCUAGACAGGAGGUGUAACCUGCUGAGAGAUUGUGUAGAUGGUUCAGAUGAAGGGGACUGUGUGGACUGCAUCAUGUCCCCCUGGACAGCGUGGAGUUCCUGCAGUGUGACAUGUGGCCUCGGCUCCUUGUUCCGGCAGAGAGAAAUAUUAAGGGAUGCUCUGCCCAGAGGGUCCUGUGGUGGAGCUCAGUUUGACAGUCGAGCCUGUUUUCCUCAAGCAUGUCCAGUUCAUGGUCACUGGUCAGAGUGGUCAGAGUGGUCAGUGUGUGAUGCUCUAUGUGGAGGAGGUAUCAGUACCAGGAAUAGAAACUGCUCCUCUCCACCUCCAAAGAAUGGAGGACGAGACUGUUACGGCAUGACCCUUCAGAGUCAGAGCUGCAACCACCAUCCCUGCACCAAUUACACUGACAUACAUAGGGGCUGUGUUGGUGGAAUGGUGCUGGUGACACAGGAAGACUGCCAGACUGGAAGAGUGGGUCCCUGUCCAUCUAUAUGUUCAGAUCUCAGCAUGAGCAGCACCUGUACAGCAUCAUGUAUAGAGGGGUGUCGAUGUUCUUCUGGGUUGUACCUUCAGGAGGGUCGAUGUGUGAAUUCCAGUCAGUGCGUUUGUCUGUGGAAUGGCAGAACGGUGCAGCCAGGGCAGGUGGUCAAGAGAGACCACUGUACCAUGUGUAUCUGCAAAGAUGGACAAGUCAUCUGUGACCCUUCCACCUGCCUGGCAACCUGCAGCUGGUCAGCAUGGUCACAGUGGUCACCAUGUGAUGUAAGCUGUGGCGUGGGGCUACAGCAGCGCUACAGCUACACAGUUGUGUGCAGUUCAGGGUGUACAGAUAACAUUUGCAUGGUCCCCGACAUUCACCCGUGCAACGACAUUUUGUCAGCUGCUGGCAUGACUGAGCAAUUGGUCACCAGUGAAUCCUCCAGGGUCAAUCAGAGUCCAGCUCUGUCCUGGAGACUCCACCGAGGCUCGGAGCUGCUCCAGCCCAUGCGUACCUGGUACACCAGUGGCAUUAUUUCAGUGCAUGGUGCUUGGUCACCUUGGUCGCCUUGGUCUCAGUGUUCCUUGGAGUGUGACUCUGGUGUUCAGACAAGGAUGAGAGUCUGUAGCUCACCAGCGCCACAGCAUGGAGGCAACAGCUGCCUGGGGCCGCACAUCCAAACUAAAGACUGCAACUCCCAGCCCUGCUCAGGUGUAUGUCCAGAGGGCAUGGCGUACAUGACAUCGGCAGACUGUGAGGCUCAAGGAGGUGCAUGUCCGCGGGUGUGUUUGGAUAUGACCUCCUUAGAGGUUCAGUGUGCCACAGUCUGCUAUGAUGGAUGCUACUGUGCUCCAGGCUUCUACCUGUUUAACAGCAGCUGCGUUCCACUGGCACAGUGCCCCUGUUAUCACAUGGGGGAGGUGUACCCAGCAGAAACGACUCUGUCCGUAGACGCUUGUAAUAACUGCACCUGUAUCAAUGGAACGAUGGAGUGUGGGAGCAUUUCCUGUUCAGUGGACUGUGGGUGGAGCAGCUGGACACAGUGGAGCUCCUGCAGUCGGACGUGUGAUGUUGGAGUACGAAGGAGAUACCGUUCUGGAACAAAUCCUCCCCCAGCAUUUGGUGGUCACCCCUGCGAAGGACCGAGAGUUGGUAUUGACACCUGCAGCAUUGAACCAUGCCUCGGUGUUAAAGAGCCUUGGACAGCAUGGUCGGAGUGUUCGGUCACGUGUGGAGGAGGAUACAGGACUCGAACGCGUGGACCCAUCAGGAUCCAUGGCACUGCUCAGCAAUUCAGCGCCUGCAACCUGCAGCCUUGUGGUGAGGGAAGGUUCUGUCCUGUGGGUCAGGAGUGGAAGCAGUGUGUCGGGAGGCCACAGUCAUGUGCUGACAUCACGAUGAACCUCAGCAGUAACUGCACCCCAGGCUGCCAGUGUCCACAUGGGACUUUCCUUCAGGAUGGCAUGUGUGUGCCAGAAUCAGACUGCCGGUGUCACGUUGAUGGAGUUCAGUACAAGCCUGGAGACGCUGUCAAUCAAAACUGCAACAACUGUACCUGUGAAAGAGGCAGGUUGGUUCAGUGCUCUCAAGUCAAUUGCAGCGUCGAGGGUCAGUGGUCGGAGUGGACUCCAUGGGGUCCGUGCUCUCUUUCCUGUGGGUCGGGCAUUCAGUCUCGGUACCGGUUCUGUGCCAGUCCCCAGAGUUCAAGCAGUGGUCUUCCCUGUCUUGGUCCUCACCGUCAUGACCAAGUCUGCAUCCUCACCCCCUGCAACCGUGAUGGUGGAUGGAGUCAGUGGAGUAACUGGACAGAGUGCACCAAGUCAUGUGGUUGGGGCAUCACGAGCCGCAGAAGAGAAUGUGACAAUCCCAUUCCACAGGGGGAGGGGAAUUACUGUGAAGGUCUGGGAACAGAAGUUGUUGCUUGUAACACUGAUCACUGUCCCGUUUCUCCAUGCUCUGAGGUUCCUGGCACUGCUUUCAGCAGCUGUGGGCCUUCUUGCCCGCGAUCCUGUGACGAUCUGGCACACUGUGAGUGGAAGUGUGAGCCGGGGUGUUACUGCUCAGAGGGAAAGGUCCUGUCUGUCAAUGCCACAGUCUGUGUAGCUCGAGAAAACUGUCCCUGCUUGGACCUCAACACUGGACAGCGCCUGAAACCAGGAGAGAUAACCCGGGCCCGUGACGGAUGCAACAACUGCACAUGUGUUGAUGGGAGGUUUAACUGCACAAGAGAGGCCUGCCCAGUUUCAGGUGGCUGGUGUGAGUGGUCAGAAUGGACUUCUUGUUCCAGAACUUGUGGGGCGGAGUCAGUGUCCCGCUACAGAAGCUGCAGCUGUCCUGAGCCCAAGGCUGGGGGCGAUCACUGUCCUGGAGAGCAGGAGAUGCACAACGGGGUUGGGGUCCAGAUUCAGAGGCAGCCUUGCCCUGUCAUCACCUUCUGUCCAGUUCAUGGUUCAUGGAGCUCAUGGUCAGAGUGGUCAGAGUGUGACGCCUGCUCGGGUUCAUCCACCCGAACCAGGGAGUGUAGCAGUCCUCCUGCUAGAUUCAGCGGCCUGCCCUGUUUGGGAGAGAGCAGGCAAAGCCGCGGUUGCCAUGACAAUGUCACUGUCUGCUCAGACUGCAUUGCAGGUCAUCAGGAAUGGGCUUGUGGGAAACCUUGUCCUCGUUCCUGCUCAGAUCUCCAUGGUGACACAGAGUGUCUGGACCCUCCCCUCUGCGCCCGCUCCUGUGGUUGUCAGGGUGACAGGGUCCUGCAGGAUGGAGUGUGUGUGGCCAGGGAGGAAUGCCUCUGCAAAUACCACAACACUUCCACCAACGAUGUUGAGAAGUUCCCAAAUGCAUCAUGGGUUUUAGUAAGUCCAGGAGACGUCAUCACCAACGACUGCAAAAACUGCUCAUGUGAGGCGGGGUUUAUGCAUUGCCAGUCAUUUCCUGGUUGCCAUGUUGACGGGGGCUGGGGCCAGUGGGCAGCAUGGACUCAAUGCUCGCUCUCCUGUGGUACCGGACUGCAAUCCAGGAGACGCUCGUGUGAUAAUCCAGCUGCUCAGGGGAGUGGGAGAGGCUGCGUGGGAGCAGCAGAGCAGACAAAAGACUGCAACACUCAAACCUGCAAAGACUCAGUGGAACCAUGGCUUGCCUGGUCGCAGUGGUCCCAGUGUUCGGUCAGCUGUGGUGGGGGGCAGCAGUCCCGCUUUCGUCUCUGUAGCUCUCCACCUUGCCAUGGCUUGAGUCACCAGAGCAAAACCUGCAACAUCCAAGUGUGCCUGGAUGUGGGCUGCCCCCCCGGCAGGCUGUACAGGGAGUGCGAGCGAGGAGAAGGCUGUCCCUUCAGCUGUGCUCAGGUCAGCGGCAGAGAGGGCUGCUACUCUGACGGCUGUGAGGAGGGCUGUCACUGUCCGCUGGAAACCUAUCAACAUCGUGGACUCUGCCUGUCGGAGUGUCCAUGUCUUGUGGACAAGAAGUUCCUGUCUGCUCUGCAGAGGUUUUCUGCUACAACGCCAUCACCCCUGCUUUUCUAUAAUAUCUCAGAGGGAAUGGAGGUCCAGCAUGGAAAUACAGUUGUGCAUGAAUGUAGCUUCUGUGGCUGUGAGCAUGGCAGGUGGAACUGCUCCUUGGAGUACUGCCCCAUUGAUGGUGGUUUGUCACCUUGGGGUCCUUGGAGCUCCUGCUCACUUUCCUGUGGUGGUGUAGGAGUUACAACACGCUCCAGGGGCUGCACACAGCCCUCCCCAGCUCAUGGCGGGAGAGACUGCCAGGGCCCCCUCCAGGAAACCACUUACUGUCAAGCUCCUGACUGUCCAGUUUAUACAACAGAAGAACCUGUAGUUACAGAAGAUUCCGGUUUCUCUCCUUGGUCAACAUGGAGUCCCUGCACUAAAACCUGCACCGACGUUCAAAGCCCGGCUGUAAAGUCUCGCCAUCGCUCGUGUGUCAGACCUCCCUGCUCUGGGAAUUCUCACCAAGACAAACCCUGCAACUUGCCUCAAUGUCCAGGCAUGAAAAUCACCAGUGAAAUCUGUUUAGGAGCUGAAUGUGCAGGAAGGAACUGCACUUGGACAGAAUGGGGGGAAUGGAGUCUCUGUUCAAGGUCAUGUGGUGUUGGUCAGCAACAACGCAUCAGAACCUACUUCCAUCCUGGAACAAACGGGUCAUGGUGUGAAGACAUCAUUGGAGGGAACCUGGAGAAUCGGUUCUGCAACAUUCGCCCCUGCAGAGUGAAUGGAGGCUGGUCUCGGUGGAGCCCCUGGUCCCGUUGUGAUAAGCUCUGUGGUGGCGGACGCUCCAUUCGCACUCGCUCCUGCUCAAGUCCUCCACCUAAGAACGGUGGGCAGAAGUGUGAGGGAGAGAAGAACCAGAUCAAGCCUUGCAACACUAAACCAUGUGAAGGGAAGAGAUGCCCAGCAAGCCAAGAGUUUGACCCGUGUGCCAGCCAGUGUCCACAGCGCUGCUCAGACCUCCAGCAGGGACUUCAGUGUCAGGGAGACACUGAAUGCCAACCUGGCUGCCGCUGUCCAAAAGGUCAGCUGCAGCAGGAUGGGCUGUGCGUGGAGGUGUGGCAGUGUGACUGUGUGGACUCAGCUGGUCAGAUUUGGGCAGCAGGCAGCUGGCAUCAGGUGGACUGCAAUAACUGCAGCUGCUCUGAUGGAAAACUCCUCUGCAGCAACCACAGCUGUCAGUCGGCCUGUGUUUGGAGUUCCUGGUCCAGCUGGGCUCAGUGCAGUGUGUCCUGUGGGCAAGGCCAGAGAACCAGAUACAGGUCUCUAGUUCCAGAGACUGAAGGAGUAGAUUGCAACUUUGAGGAAGUUCAGCACAAACUGUGCGAUAAGGGACGCUGUCCAUCCCUCUGCCUUCUUAACGAGCAGGAACUCGACUUGGGAGACACGUGGCUGCAGGGAGAGUGUGAACAAUGCAUAUGCACACCAGAGGGUGUUUACUGUCAAGACAUUGACUGCAGAGUUGAUGGUAGAUGGACGCCCUGGUCAGUGUGGGCUGACUGCUCUGUGACUUGUGGCGGGGGUACCCACGUUCGUACCCGCGCAUGUAUCAACCCCCCACCACGGAACAAUGGAUCUGACUGCAGUGGACCGGACAGAGAAACCCAGGACUGCCAGACACCUCCUUGUUUAGAUAACCUGUGCCGCUGGUCACCAUGGUCACCAUGCUCCCAAAGCUGCGGGGCGGGAUCUGCGUCUCGCCGCAGGCUUUGUUUGUGUGAUGAAGAUGAUGGUGAUGAAGGGGAUUCUUGUCCCCCUGAAAUUGAGGCAGAGAAGAACCGCGAGGAGACCCAGUUGUGUUACAAACAACCCUGUCCAGGCUGUCCUAUGUCAGCAUGGAGUGUUUGGUCUCAGUGUUCAUGCAUGUCCCAGAGACAGCAACGCUACCGUGUAGCUCUCACCUCCGCCACCAGGGGUCAGCAGUGCAAUCCUGUAGAAACACAGAGCAGGAAAUGCAGCUUGAGUCAGUGUGAUGCCUGUGAAGCUCCGUUUGUGUACUCUGCAUGCGGCGCUCCCUGUGACAAACAGUGCUCCCUGUUGGGCCGAGCAGACCUGUGCUUACCGAGCGCAGGGUGCACACCUGGCUGCUACUGUCCAGAGGGUCUGCUGCAGCUGAAUGGAAGCUGUGUUUCUCCAGAAAACUGCGGCUGUGUUUACCUGCAACACCAUGCUGCAGAAAAGCCCCCCUCCACCAUCACCGUCCCUCAGGGGGGCACCAUCACUAUCGACUGCAGCACCUGCCUUUGCCAUGAAGGGGUUUUGCAUUGUGACACCAGAGAAUGUGAUGUGAUCCUCAGCGAGUGGUCAGAGUGGACUCGCUGCUCUCCUUGCAUAUUAUCGUCCUCUGACCAGCUCAGUGCUUUAGUUGGAGGGGUGGUCGGUGGAGCCACCAUGGUCUCCAUCCAGAAACGCUUCCGGGCUUGUCUGGACCUGGACUCUGGUUUUCCUGUCCCUAAAGAAGAGGAAAGCCAGUGCUCUGGACUGCUGGUGGAUGAGAGACUCUGUCCAGACCAGAACAUCUGCAGAGACCUGUGUCUGUGGAGUGUAUGGAGUGCGUGGACAGCAUGUGCAGAGCCGUGCAGCGGAGGAGUCAGACAUCGCUUCAGAUGGCCCUUGAAAAUUCCUCCAGGGCCGCGCUGUCGGGGCCGACAGACGCAGAGCCAGAGCUGCAACACGGGACUGUGUCCAGGUGAGCGCUGUGAGGACAGGGAGCGGAUCUACCAGCAGUCCUGCGCUAAUCAGUGUCCUCGCAGUUGCACGGACUUAUGGGAGCACGUGCAGUGUCUCCAAGGAGCUUGUCAUUCAGGAUGUCGCUGUCCAGAAGGUCAGCUUCUCCAGGAUGGACACUGUGUGCCGGUGGCAGAGUGUCGCUGCGGCAUCCCAUCAGGCAAUGGAACACUGGAGUUCAGUCCCAUGGAAGAGACGACUGUGGACUGUAACAAGUGCGUUUGUGUGAAUGGAACUCUGCUCUGCACCAAACAUCCCUGCCCAGUUUAUGAUUCUUGGAGCUCCUGGAGCUCCUGCUCUGUGUCCUGUGGACUUGGCCGAAUGACCAGGACUCGGACCUGCGAGGACACUGAGGGGGGUCCUUCCUGCGGGGAAACUACGCAGACUGAAAGCUGCCGGCAGCAACCUUGUCCAGUGGGCUGCUUGUUAAGCGACUGGUCAUCCUGGAGUGAAUGCAGCGCCUUGUGUGGUGGUGGGGUGAUGAUACGGAACAAAACCGUCCUCCAGGAGGCUGAAGCUGGAGGGAAACCCUGCGAUGGACCACUUGAGCAACACGUCAUCUGCAACACCAACCGCUGUCUGCCCGACUGUCCCAGCUGGCAGGUGUACAGCGACUGCUCAGGAUCUUGUCCGUACACCUGCGAGGACUUAUGGCCUAACACUCAGUGUCUACCUGGCCCCUGCACACCUGGAUGCACAUGCCCUUCAGGACAGGUAUUUUAUAGGGGCUCCUGCCUGGAUCGAGCUGACUGUCCGUGUUCGGUUCUCUCGCUGCCAAUGGAAUUCCAAAGCUGGAAUGAGAGCAGUGAAGUGCUGCAACCCGGAGCAACAGUUCAGCAUCUCUGCAACACAUGUGUGUGUCGAGGUGGAGUGUUCCACUGUACCUCAGAGACCUGUGAUGUGGACUGCGAGUGGUCUGACUGGUCGGCGUGGAGUCCAUGUUCAGCCAGCUGUGGCACCGGGCAACAGAGCUCCACCAGGUCUGUGCUGCUGCCCCACCAGUAUGGAGGGGCCCCAUGUGAAGGCCCCAACAUCCUCACUACAACCUGUUCUGCUGCUGACUGUGUGUGUUCUGAUGGAGAGCAGUGGAGGAGAAGCCCCUCCAAGGAGGUCCCACUGUGUGAGAGGAGCUGCCAGGACAUUUACUCCUCCUCUCCUGUCAACUGCAGCCACCCGUCUGAAAGCUGCGUGUGUCGGGAGGGGCUCUACAGAAACGCAGGCGGCGUGUGUGUCAUCCCUGCCCUCUGCCCGUGCCAUGACCAGGGCGUUCUGCGGGAGGCAGGAUCUCAGUGGAACGAGAGCUGUGAGUCGUGCAGCUGUGUGAACGGCAGAAAGCUGUGCCAGAGGAGGUGUCCUCCACUCCACUGUGCUGAGGGAGAGAUGAAGGUGGAGGAACCAGGCAGCUGUUGUCCAGUCUGCAGAAAACCAUUUCCAGAUGAGCUGGUGCCAGAGUGUCAGCGCUACGUUCAGUUCCAGAACAUCACUAAGGGACGCUGUCAUCUUGACAACGUGGAGGUCAGCUUCUGCAGGGGGCGCUGUCUUUCCAGAACUGAUGUCAUCUUGGAGGAGCCCUACCUAAAGUCAGAGUGUGAAUGCUGUAGUUACCGCCUGGAUCCUGCCCAUCCCGUCCAUUUCCUCAGCUUGCAGUGUGAGAAUGGAGAGGUGGAACCAGUUGUUCUUCCAGUCAUACAGAGCUGUGAGUGCACCAGCUGCCAAGGGGGCGACCUCUCCAGGCGUUGAGCCUUACACAUACCUGACAGAAAGAGGCGUGAAGGUGUGUUUUCAUUCAGACUCCUGCCAUGAUCCUGCAAAAGCGUAUUUAAAUACAGCUAGAAUGUUGUGAUAAACAGAUGAGGCAAAGAAAACUGAGAACACCCCCAGUCUGUCCUUCUUUAUCAUAUAACUCUGCUUUCCCUAAAUGUACAGGUCGAUUUUCUGUUUUGUUUUGAUUCUUCAGCCUGUACAGCUUUUUCUACAUUGUAUUUAUAGAUUUCAAUGUAAGCAUUCAAAUGUUUUUUCAAAUGUAGACUGAAAUAAAAAUGUAGUUUCUUUUUUUCAA